AUGGCUGGCGUUGAGCCCAGCAGCCCCAACGCUGCCACCUUCGCGGAAACACUCCAGUAUCGCGCAACCCAAUCCCGCCGGACCCGGCCAUCACAUUUCGACGCCUCAUCAGAGGAGAAGAACCGCGUUCCUCUGCGAUCCGAAAACAGGCUUAGCAGGCGAGAUUCGCGGUUAGGACUUCGGAACAUCUUCGGCAGAGGGAAGAACGCCCGCGAAAUUGACCCUACAACGUCGUAUUUCGAUACCGGAAGGCCUAACAGCAUUCGAGCUUCUCUGGCCGAGAUCAGCAACUGGCCGUAUGUGCGAUCAGAAAUCGCCUUGCCAGGCACUUCUUCGCGGCCAACCUCGGUAGCUAUCAGCGCACCUUUCAACGACGGCGCCGUUCAACGAAGGCCGACUACCACCGAAAGACCCAAGCCACAAGCGCCCGCCGCCAAAUCAUCUCGGGGCAAUUUGGCCACUUGGGACCCCCCACCAUUAUUCCAAGCAUACCCUCAGGCCAUCAAACAUGGCCAACUUCCAGCCUGCACGACCUCUGCCGAUGUUAUUCUGCGCUUCAACGAUAGAAAAGGCAGUGUUAGUCUGCGCGAGGAUUUGACGCAGUUAGGUCUCGCUUCAGAGCUCGCUGACGAUCAGUUGGGCGACAAGAUGACUGAGAGGGCGAGGAGGAAGCAUCUGCGAACUAUCUCGACAACCAAGCUUGAGUGGACAUCCAAAAUAUACGUUCUUUGCACCUCCGGCUACCUGCUGCAGUAUUCCGGAGAUGGCAAUUUCGAUCGGCUUCCCGAGAAGAUGCUGCACCUGGGCAAAGACUCGGCCGCCUUUGUUAGCGAUGCUAUUCCUGGCCGCCACUGGGUUCUCCAGGUUUCUUCGGCGAUGGAGUCCAACGGGUUGUCUGCCGCAGACUCCCGAUCGCUACUUUCUCGCCUUCCCUUCCGAGCAGCUGACAAGAGACAUGCGUCCAACUUUCUCAUGGUUUUUGACAGCGCCGAAGACAUGGAAUCUUGGAUCACAACCCUGCGCCGAGAAAUCGAAGCGCUUGGCGGCAAGAAGACUCUCUCUGAGACUGGUAAGCCCAAGGCUGAUGAUAACGUUGUGCAGCUGAAGGCACAGCCCAGUCAGCGCACCUUGGUCGUUCGCGAUCCGGAUAGAUUCUCGCGAGUUCUACCUCCGGACUUCUCGCUCCAUCUGGAGCAGGCCAGGUUACAUGAGUCUGAGAAUCUUUCUGUUAUGGAUUCCGAAAUAACGCGUGACCCCUCCAUUGACGACAUUUCUACAACCAACAGUGUUAUGUCCCACGAUGACCGGCAGCUCGAGAGCUUGAGAGAUAGCACUAACCGUCUUUCUUACAUUUCAUCUGGCCAACGGACUUUUAUCACAUCAGCCGGUUCGUCCCCCGCCUGCUCUCCCGUCCGAGACAGUUUUGCCAGCAGCUACCUUGAAGAGAUACCCCCUUCAUGCCAGGAGGCCCCUGUUGUCAGACCGAGACCCAAUGCUGCGGCUAUCCUUGAUCGCAGACAGUCACUGCAGACGUCGGGUUAUAUGGAGUUGAGAAGCUCACCAAUGUCACGUCCCCAAUCUAUCACAUACAAUGAGAACGAGUUCGCACAAGUUGCAGCCAACUUUAGCGUUCCUAUCAGCAGACGUUACAGCGCUAUGAAGUCUCCCACAUCUAGUCCAGAGCAUGUUAGAAACAGGGAUUCAUUUUCAAGCACGAGGAGCGUACGAAAGCCUCCCCCAACUGCUCUUGCCAUGGCCCGACCUCUCUCCAUGGUGGCAGAUCAGCCUUCCCCGGUUCAAGGUCUCGUUGACUCGCUCGCCGAGCAACAUGCAGCCGGAACCCAUGAAUGCCAAGCUGCGCAGGUUGAGGAGUCGUCCGUGUUUCCACCGAGACAGGCAAGCCUCGAGCAUAAAGAGGAGGCUGUUACGGUGACUCUUCGCACAAGCCCUCGAAAGUACGCCAGCUCGCCUUCUCUCAAUAAACAGGAAGCAGCCCCCCGGUCGCCAGAGCUUCGCACCUUCAUCCUUCCUUCAAGAUCUUCCCUAGCUUUGUCGCCAGGGGGGUUAGCCAGUCCUGGAUCGUCUUUGGGUGACGGUGGAUAUGCGCAAUCUCCUCCUGCGAGCGCCUCGCAAAAGACUUCGAGGAGAUUCACCACUUUCCUUGACACACCUUCUCCCCGCUCUACCAGAAGUCAAGCCGCGGAAAUCGAGGACAGGGUUUCACCAAUGGUUACACCCCCGAAGGCAGCCUCGGUAUCACCUAGAUCUUUACCAAGGUCAUCACCCAAAGUACCUUGCACCCCUCCUACACCAUCUACCCAACAGCUUCUUCGAGUCGACCCAAAAGCUGUUUUGAACAGACGCAGCAUGCCACAGCUCGUCGAAGGACCCCCACCAGCGCCGCCACCAAACUGCGCGCUCCCUCCCAUUCCUCAAAAGCCGCGCGUCAAGGCGUAG